AUGGAUAGUUUCCUGCAAGUACAGAAGAGCACCAUCGCCCUUCUAGGCUUUGAUCUCUUCAGUGAGAACCGAGAAAUGUGGAAGCGUCCCUAUAGGGCUAUCAAUGUCUUUGGUAUAGCCGCCAUCUUUCCCUUCAUCUUGGCAGCUGUGCUGCAUAAUUGGAAGAACGUAAUGCUCCUGGCAGAUGCCAUGGUGGCUUUAUUGAUUACCAUCCUGGGACUUUUCAAGUUUAGCAUGAUACUCUACUUACGUAGAGACUUCAAGCGACUCAUUGAAAAAUUUCGUUUGCUAAUGAAAAAUGAGGCGGGUCAAGGUGAGGAGUAUGCCGAGAUCCUGAAUGCAGCAAAUAAGCAGGAUCAACGGAUGUGCACUCUGUUCAGGACCUGUUUCUUUUUCGCCUGGCUACUGAAUAGUGUUCUACCUUUUGUGAGAAUGGGUCUCAGUUACUGGCUAGCAGGACAUGCCGAACCAGAGCUGCCCUUUCCAUGUCUUUUUCCCUGGGAUAUUCACAUCAUUCGAAAUUACGCCAUGAGCUUUACAUGGAGUGCCUUUGCUUCGACUGGAGUGGUUCUACCUGCUGUUAGUUUGGAUACCAUUUUUUGCUCCUUUACCAGCAACCUGUGUGCCUUCUUUAAGAUUGCCCAGUACAAGGUGGUUAGAUUUAGAGGUGACAGUCUUAAGGAAUCGCAGGCUACUCUGAACAAAGUGUUUGCCCUGUACCAGACCAGUUUGGAUAUGUGCAGUGAUUUGAAUUUGUGCUAUCAACCCAUCAUAUGCGCUCAAUUUUUCAUCUCAUCUCUGCAACUCUGCAUGUUGGGUUACCUAUUUUCCAUUACCUUUGCCCAGACAGAGGGCGUGUACUAUGCCUCUUUCAUAGCCACCAUCAUUAUACAGGCCUAUAUCUAUUGCUAUUGUGGGGAGAAUCUGAAGACCGAGAGUGCCAGUUUCGAGUGGGCCAUCUAUGAUAGUCCCUGGCAUGAGAGCUUGGGAGCUGGUGGAGCCUCGACUUCGAUCUGCCGGUCCUUGCUGAUUAGCAUGAUGAGGGCACAUCGUGGAUUCCGUAUCACGGGAUACUUUUUCGAAGCUAACAUGGAGGCCUUCUCGUCGAUUGUUCGCACGGCGAUGUCUUACAUAACAAUGCUGAGGUCAUUCUCUUAAGAGACACAACAACGAAUUAGAUU